AUGCCGGUCCAAAAAUGGCCCAAACCCAUCCCGCAAAGCAUAGAGAGGCUCUCCAUCGCCAGCAUGCCAGUGAUAGAGCCCAGCGACCCGGAACCACUAAACGAAAACGGAUUCCUGCUCGGCCGCGUGAUCCGCCUCGAGGUGGCGCUGCAGCGCAUCGCAGUCUCGGAUCCCAAAGAAGCCCUCGACCACCCGUCGGCCGCACGACGCUGGGUCGUCAGGUGCAGGAACCGCGAGGAGCUCCUGGGCGCCGUCGCCGGCGAGAGCGGCCCCUACCCGCAGACGGCCGUGAAUCAGCUCAAGAACGAGGCGUCCGCGCCCGUGCUCCGAGAGCUCGGCCUCGAGGGCCUGCAGAUCUUUUUCCGGGAGGACAUGGUGACGCUCGAGGGCUUCGCGGGCUGGGGUGAACACCACGGCGUCCCGGGCCUGCCGCCGCGGCUCAGGAGUUUUAUUCGACGAUUUCGCCGCUUCCUGUGCCCGAUAGAGGAGUUUCUGGCCAUGACCGACGCCAUCCUCAGCGCACCCGUCGAGAAGAUCCCGCCGCCGCCGCCGCCACCAGCUCGGGCGCCGAAACAGAGGCCGACUUGUCUUGCCUCCAUCAGACGCAUCUUCCGAACGACGGACGAGGUCCUUAGAGACGAGCUGGAGCGCACACGCCGGAUGGCGCCGCCGGCGAUCCGCACCGUACCGUCGCCGCACGUCGACUUUUGCGAGCUGCUGUUUCCGCCAGGCUACCUCGUGCCUCCUCAGGGCACUGUGGAGGAGCAGCAUGUGGACCGCGAGAUCGUGGUGUGUUUGAACAGCGCCGAGGAGGCAACCGACUUCAGCCGGGACAUGUUCCUGCUCGCCAGCCAUGCGCCCGACGUCAUGAUCAAGGGCCGCGAGACGCCCAGUUACGAGCCAGAGAUGGACGAUCUCUGGGAGAGGUAUCGGCGCUGCGAGGAGUUUUGCAUCGCGCCGUCACACGUCCGCAGGAAUAGAGAAGCUGGUACUUCGCGCCGGUUGAUUUGCGUCUUUCGGAGGAAGCCAGCUCCUCGCCCAGUUGUCAUCCUCGACUAUGACGUGAUUGGGUUGGCCUUUUGA